AUGAAGUUGGUCGAUACUAUCAAAUGUUAUGUUAGUAAGUACUUUAUUAUAGGCUGGGGAUUAGGGUCUAAUAGGCUUAGUUUUAGGUCUAAAAAUAAGCCUUAAAUAAAAAUUUAUACUUACUGAAGAAUAGAGAAUACAAAGUUGUUAUAUAUUAUAGUUGACAAACUUAAAUUCAGGUAACAAUGAAACAAGUACCAUUACUAACAGUACUAUGGAGUUAAAGCCUGUUGAGUGCUCUGAAGAGUUCACUUGGUGCAUUAUAUCACAAAACUUUAGUUCCAGUAAUAAUUCGACUUCAGUGAAGUUACAGUAAGUCAUUGGAAAAAAGAUUAUGAGACUUUUAAAAGUGGAAGUUGGGUGGAAGAUUUGUAAUGUAUUUUUUAUUUAAAAAUCUUCCACCAAACUUCCACCUCUAAAAAGUGUUAAAUACGCAUUUUUCGGGCGUUUUAAGACUUUUUAAAAAAUGGAAGUUCGGUGGAAGUUUUUUAGUGCAAAUUACAUUACAAAUCUUCCACUAAACUUCCACUUUUUCAACAGCUCUAUUUUAUGACUGGUAGUUAAAAUUCAUGGUAUUUUUUGUCUUGUAAACAAAGUUUUGAACAUUAUCAACCCAAAAACAUCAAUUUCAGUGGCUGUGCCACCCACGAUGACUGUAAACGUGCUGUUAAAGAGUACUCAAGUCAACAGAAUGACGGACCAAAAGCACCACGGAGAAGGAAUAACAAGGGAAUGAGCUUCUUCACAAAUCACAAAACCAAACCGGCUACAGACACUUGUUGUCAACGAGAUUUGUGUAAUGGAGCUGGUAGAACAAUAUUGUCAUACAUUAUGACAUUACUUUGCUUAGGCUAUUUUAUUUUGUAA